AUGUCGUCGAGUGAGAGCUGCCGUUGCUCUCUCCUCGCCAGUGUCCUCUCCACGCUCCCACUCGCUCCCCCUACGCCCUCGCUCCGCCCGCCUACCCGCGCACGCACUCCUCCCAUCACCCCGCCCCGCCUCCUGCCCAACUGUCCCCCCACGGACGUACCCACAUCCCCUCCCCCCCGCGCCGCUACCCGCCCCAUCCUAUCCCGACCUGCACACCCGGCGCGCACCCCGCCGCCUGCACGCAACCGCCCUGCCCCGCCCCUCCGCGCGUCUGCCCACAAGCCCCUCCGGCACCCGCCCGCCCCCACGCCUGUGCGUGCGUGCGAUCCCGCCGCGCUCACCCCAUCUCACGCACCCUCGCGCUCCUUAGCCACGCUCUCCACGCCGCGUCUCUGGUCCCUGGUCCCUGCUCUCUGCCUCCCGCGGCCCGCACAACACAGCACACGCCAGCGCACACACGCGUCUCCUCCCCGCGGGGGCGGGGGCGAGACUCCCUCCAUAUCACUAGUGCAAGUGCAAAGACACGCCGCCAGCCCUCCGUCCUGCUUCCCCGCCGCUUCUCCCUGUCCCGGUCGUCAAAAGCCCAAAGCAGCCCCCCCGCGCCAGCCCCGGACUCGUAUCACCCUCACCCUCAUCCUCAUCCUCAUCCUCAUCCCCGUGCGGCAGGGCCCCUCCUCUUCCUGCCCUCCCGCGCCCUCGGUCACACUCACCCGCCCGCGCACGCCAUGCACCGCGCGCGCGCGCUCCUCGCCUCGUCUCGUUCCGCGUAUCCGCGCGCUCCCUGUCCAGCGUCCAGCGUCCAGCGUUCAACGUCCAACGUCCAACGUCCAACGUCCAACUUCCACAAGAGCUCGGGGACACAUCUCGCCGGGGCCGGGGGAGAGGCGGGUCGGAGGGCGGAGGCCGGGCGCGGGGCGCUGA